AUGUGGGUGGAGAAAGAGGAAGAUGAUGAUGACGAAAAAGACGAAAAUGAAGAAGAAGAGCAGGAUGUAGACGAAAACGGUGUUGAUGAAAAGGAAGACGGCGACGAUGAUGAAGAGGGUGGAGAGGGAGAAGCGGCGGAAGAUGAUGACGAAAGAUAUGGUGGCUCCGGCUCCGGCUCGGAUGAAGUGGAGGAAGAGCAGGAUGAGGAGGAGGAAGAGGAGGAGGAGGAGCCACAGAAGGAGCCAGAGGAAGGAGAAAACGAGAGAGUUCCUUCACCCGAAUAUGACGUUCAAAUCGGUGCUGGACUUGACGAGCUGGCUCGUGUAAAAAAUAAUGAAGAAGUCCACAAUUUACCGGAAAAUGUUGCUGAGCGGGGACAGCAACAUCAGUCGCAACAUCCGCAGUUACAGCAGAGCCAGCAGCAGCAGCAGACGCAACAACACCCGCAACAACAACAACAGCAGCAGCAUCAGGACGACAAAUGUGACAGUGCCUAUUGUAGGACGUGUCGUUCUCAUCAACCCGUGAAUCAUUCGUGUUUCAUGCAACCUCUUCGACGUAGAGUCAUAGCAGAAGACCCUGGCGAGGGUACGAGUGCUGCUGCGACGAUACGUGAAGAGGCACAAAGAAACGCUAAUGACCUCGAGGGUGAGAACGGUAAUGUCGCCAAGGGAGCUGUCGCAUUCGUGUUUUACGAUUGUGAAACGCGACAGGACGAGAUGCUCGAAGGAACGGAGAACGUAAAGUUACACGUUCCAACUCUCUGUGUGGCACAGCAAAUUUGCGCGACUUGCGUGGCGAUAGACAACAUGUCGGUGCGGUGUCGUUGGUGCGGAACGCGUGAAUUUAUAUUCAACAUCGAUCCGGUAAAACAAUUUAUAGAUUUUGUGACACGUCCGAGGAAACAUUUUAAAAAUAUUAUCUGUAUCGUUCACAAUGCAAAAGCGUUCAAUGCGCAAUUUAUUUUAAAAUAUCUAGUCAAAAAAUCGCCAAUAAGGGAAAAGCCGAGGAUAACUUUGAACGGGACAAAGAUUAUCGUGAUGACGGUCGGACAUACAAAGUUUAUCGACAGUGUUAAUUAUAUGCCGAUGCGAUUAUCCGAACUACCUAAAGCUUUUGGGCUAAAGGAUACGGCGAAUAAAGGCACUUUUCCGCAUUUAUUUAACACUGUGGAGAAUCAAACGUAUGUCGGUCUGUUACCUGAGCAAGAAAUCAUACGUUAUUGUCGAAAUGACAUAGAUAUUUUACGACGUGCUUGUGUAGUUUUUCAGAAAAUAUUUUUAGAGCGCGGCGGAGUGUGUCCUUUCGAAGAAUGCACGACUAUCACUUCCACGUGUAUGAAAGUUUUUCGAAAAAACUUUCUGCGCGAGAGGGAAAUAGGAAUCAUUCCUCCGGGAGGAUACAGAAACGUCGAUAGACAAUCGCGUAAAACCUUGCAAUGGUUAGUGUGGAUGGAGCGUGAGCUCGGACAUCCCAUAAUCCAUGCAGGGCGAGGACGUGAGCGUUUGAUCGCCGGUAGCCGGGUCGACGAUUAUUACGAAACAAAAUUGGGGGAUGAAACACAUCGUUUUGUUCUCCAAUUUCACGGGUACUUCUGGCACGGUUGUCCCACUUGGUACCAAGUGAACCGUGACAGGAAACUUUUAAAUACCAAUUCCGACGAUACAUUAGAUUCGCGCUACGAGAGAACCAUCGCAACGACAUGUCGUCUUCGCAAACAAGGGUACCGUGUGAUAGAAAAAUGGGAGUGCGUUUUUGCUCAAGAGAUGCGAACAAACAACGAGAUGCGAGAUUUUCUUGAACAUCACCUUAUAUUAAAAUCAGCACCUCUCGAUCCUCGCCACGCGUUUUUUGGUGACCGUACGGAAAAUAUUGUAACACGAGUCGGAGUAACGGAGGGUACGGAGAAAAUACGAUACGUGGACGUGUGUUCUCUGUAUCCUUACGUAUUAAAGACAGGUGCUUUUCCGAUCGGUCACCCUGAAAUUUAUAUCGGAGCGGAAUGCUCAUCAAUAAUCGGCGAGGAACCCGCGUAUAAUUUCGACUUGGUCGAAGGUCUCGUACGCUGUCGAGUACUACCACCACGCAAUCUCUUUCAGCCGGUACUCCCGUAUCGCGUACGCGGAAAAUUGCUGUUUGCGUUGUGUCGGAGUUACUGCGAAGCGUUUUCACAGUCCGUGUGCACUCACGAACACCCCGACGAACGUGAAUUAGAGGGUACAUGGAUAUCCUGUGAAUUACGUAAAGCCGUAGAGAAAGGUUAUCUCGUAAGGCAAGUGAGUGAAAUUUGGCAUUACAGUGUCGCCCGCUACGAUCACGAUACGAGGCAGGGUGGAUUGUUUACGAGAUAUAUAAAUUCCUUUUUACAAUUAAAGCAGGAAGCUAGUGGAUGGUCGAGCGAAUGCAUGGAUGACAAGAGUAAAGCACGAUAUCUUCGAGAAUACGAGGAAAUCGAAGGUAUUGUACUUAAUAGAAACAACAUCUCUCGUAAUCCAGGCUUACGUUCGGUUGCGAAGCUUUGCUUAAAUUCGUUUUGGGGAAAAUUCGGCCAACAAUCCAAUCUUCCUACUACCGAGAUCGUUGAAUCGCCGCAGCGUUUCGCAACUUUGCUCACUAGCCCCGAGCAUGAGAUAACCGAUAUAUUACCAGUCAACGAUGGGGUACUAUAUGUCUCGUGGCGGCUACGAGAAGAAGCGGUCGUAGCUUCUCCGAUUACCAACGUCGUAAUCGCGGCUUACACAACGGCACAGGCUAGAUUAAAAUUGUAUAGUUAUUUAGAAAAAUUAGAUAGGCGUGUAUUAUAUUGCGAUACAGAUUCUUGUAUAUAUUCGUGUAGCGGUGAUCUAAACGAGUACGAACCUCGUACUGGGAAUUUUCUGGGUGACAUGACACACGAACUCGAAAGCUAUGGCAACGCUAGCUACAUCGAGUCGUUUGUGUCAGGUGGCCCGAAAUUUUAUGCGUAUGUGCAUUAUCCAGGAUCAACGACUAGGACGUGGCACAAAUCUGAUCCCUUUGGGGUACUUGUUUAA